UUGAUGUCUUUUCAUUUUGCCUAUAAAUAGAUAGACAACCGCUACAGCAAAAACAUAACAAUUUCACGGAAGCUGAUGCAGCAGAAAGGCAGAUGCUUUAACCGUAGAUCAAGAUCAUUUACUAGAUCUCGCAUUGCGGUUGAGGGUUCUUAGUAAACAAACAUACCUACAUUGUUAAAAUAAUCCUUUUUAUAAUUUAAAAUUUUUCUUCGUGUUGUUGAUCAUCCCCCCAAUUAUGGCUCCUGUUAUUGCUGCUGCUGGUGCUGGUGCUGGUGCUACUUCAGGAGAAGAACGUGAUAUUCAGAAGAAUUAUUGGAUCGAGCAUACAUCGGAACUCACUGUGGAAGCCAUGAUGCUUGACUCAAAAGCAGCUGAUCUUGACAAAGAAGAGAGGCCUGAGGUGCUCUCUCUACUCCCACCAUAUGACGGGAAAUCAGUGUUAGAAUUAGGUGCUGGUAUUGGCCGUUUCACUGGUGAAUUGGCCAAGAAUGCUGGGCAGCUCAUAGCACUGGACUUUAUCGAAAGUGCAAUUAAGAAGAAUGAAAGCAUCAAUAAGCAUCAUAAGAAUGUCAAGUUUAUGUGUGCUGAUGUGACUUCUCCAGAUUUAAAGUUUUCACCUGAAUCAGUGGACUUGAUAUUUUCAAACUGGCUAUUGAUGUAUCUUUCUGAUGAAGAGGUCCAGAGUCUUGUGGAGAGAAUGGUAAAAUGGCUGAAAGUUGGAGGCUACGUAUUUUUCAGAGAGUCAUGCUUCCAUCAAUCAGGAGACCACAAGCGAAAGAACAACCCAACCCAUUAUCGAGAGCCUAGGUUUUACACAAAGGUGUUUAAAGAAUGUCAUUUAAAUGCUGUUGAUGGAAAAUCAUUUGAACUUUCUCUCAUCGGUUGCAAGUGCAUUGGAGCUUAUGUUAAAAACAAAAAGAAUCAGAAUCAGAUUUGCUGGCUAUGGCAGAAAGUUAAUUCUGAGGAUGACAGGGGAUUCCAGCGUUUCCUGGACAACGUUCAAUACAAGUGUAGUGGCAUACUGCGAUAUGAACGUGUCUUUGGAGAAGGUUAUGUUAGCACAGGAGGACUUGAUACCACAAAAGAAUUUGUCUCUAUGUUGGAUCUUCAACCUGGCCAAAAAGUCCUUGAUGUUGGCUGUGGAAUAGGUGGAGGGGACUUUUACAUGGCUGAGAAUUAUGACGUUCAUGUUGUUGCCAUUGACCUCUCAAUUAACAUGAUUUCUUUUGCUCUUGAGCGUUCAAUUGGUCUCAAAUGUGCCGUUGAAUUUGAGGUGGCUGAUUGUACAAAGAAAACAUAUCCUGAUGGCACAUUUGAUGUGAUAUACAGUCGAGACACUAUCCUUCACAUCCAAGACAAACCUGCGUUAUUCAGUUCUUUCUACAGUUGGCUGAAACCAGGAGGCAAAGUCCUCAUAAGCGAUUACUGCAAAAUCCCAGGAGCAGCAUCGGAUGAGUUUUCUGAGUAUAUUAAGCAAAGGGGUUAUGAUUUACAUGAUGUUGCAACAUAUGGCCAGAUGCUCAGAGAUGCGGGUUUUGAUGAAGUUAUUGCUGAGGAUCGAACUGAACAGUUCAUUAAUGUUCUCCAAAAGGAGUUGAAUACUGUGGAGAAGGAAAGAGAUUCAUUUAUCCAUGAAUUCUCAGAACAAGACUACAAUGAAAUAGUUGGAGGUUGGAAGGCCAAGCUACUGAGGAGUUCAUCUGGUGAACAGAGGUGGGGUUUGUUCAUUGCCAAGAAGAAGUGAUUGUCAAAAUGCAGGAUGUAUGUGGUUUUCUUUUACGUUUUUGAAAUCGAUGUACUCAUAUGUUGUUCAGCUGGCCCUGUUGUAAUAAUAUUCUCACAUCUUUAUGAUGUAUUAUUAACUGUCAGAUUGAAUCUUUAGAUAUAAAUCUUCUACCUCUUCUAUCA